CAACUUCAUUGCUCCCCAAAAAUGGCUAUCAAGAGAUCAAACAAACUGCCUCAAGCAGCCAUGCUUGAGCAAAUUCUCAAGAGGUGCUCAAGCUUAGGGAAGAAACGGCAGAGCUAUGAUGAACAAGGCCUUCCUUUGGACGUCCCAAAGGGUCAUUUUGUUGUAUAUGUUGGAGAAAAUAGAAGCAGAUACAUUGUCCCAAUCUCUUACUUGACUCGUCUUGAGUUCCAAAUCCUUGUCCAGCAUGCUGAUGAAGAAUUUGGCUUAAGCCACGACAUGGGUCUCACAAUCCCUUGCGAAAAAGUUUUUCAGUCUCUAACAUCCAUGCUCAGAUGAAGUUUUUCAGUCUCUAACAUCAGGCACCGG